CCAGUCACCACAUCCCUCCCUCACUGCCAUUUGUUUGGUUGUUCCUCUCGCUCGCCAGUCGCCACCAGGCAGCAGGCAUCCCAAUCUCGCGAGAGCCAGUAGCGGCGGCGGCGCUUCCGGCUUCCCUUCCCAUUGGCCUCCGGGAUGGCGCUCCGCCUCCACGACGUCGCGCUCUGCCUCUCCCCGCCGCUCGCCGCCCGCCGCCGCAGCGGCGGCAGUUUCGUCGCCGUCGCCUCCAUGACGUCCGCCGCCGUCUCCACCAGGGUGGAGAACAAGAAGCCAUUUGCUCCUCCGAGGGAGGUACAUGUCCAGGUUACACAUUCAAUGCCAUCUCACAAGAUUGAAAUUUUCAAGUCACUUGAUGAUUGGGCUAGAGAUAAUAUCUUGACACAUCUCAAGCCAGUCGAGAAGUGUUGGCAGCCACAGGAUUUCCUCCCUGACCCAGCAUCUGAAGGAUUUCAUGAUGAAGUUAAGGAGCUCAGAGAACGUGCCAAGGAGAUCCCUGAUGAUUAUUUUGUUUGUUUGGUUGGAGACAUGAUUACUGAGGAAGCUCUACCAACAUACCAGACUAUGCUUAACACCCUCGACGGUGUCAGAGAUGAGACAGGUGCAAGCCCCACUGCUUGGGCUGUUUGGACGAGGGCAUGGACUGCUGAGGAGAACAGGCAUGGUGAUCUUCUCAACAAGUACAUGUACCUCACUGGGAGGGUAGAUAUGAGGCAAAUUGAGAAGACAAUUCAGUAUCUUAUUGGCUCUGGAAUGGAUCCUAGGACUGAGAAUAAUCCUUAUCUUGGUUUCAUCUACACCUCCUUCCAAGAGCGGGCGACCUUCAUCUCGCAUGGGAACACUGCUCGUCAUGCCAAGGACUUUGGCGACUUAAAGCUCGCACAAAUCUGUGGCAUCAUCGCCUCAGAUGAGAAGCGACAUGAAACUGCGUACACCAAGAUCGUGGAGAAGUUGUUUGAGAUCGACCCUGAUGGUACAGUGGUUGCUCUGGCUGACAUGAUGAAGAAGAAGAUCUCAAUGCCUGCCCACCUGAUGUUUGACGGUCAGGACGACAAGCUGUUUGAGCACUUCUCCAUGGUCGCGCAGAGGCUUGGCGUUUACACUGCCAGGGACUACGCCGACAUUCUUGAGUUCCUUGUUGACAGGUGGAAGGUGGCGGACCUGACUGGUCUGUCGGGUGAGGGGAACAAGGCGCAGGACUACCUCUGCACCCUUGCUUCAAGGAUCCGGAGGCUAGACGAGAGGGCCCAGAGCAGAGCCAAGAAAGCAGGCACGCUGCCUUUCAGCUGGGUAUAUGGUAGGGAAGUCCAACUGUGAAAUCGGAAACCCAUUGCGACUGCUUGAGUUGGAGCAUAGUCUAUCAUGCACCCUAUGACGCAUCGCGACGACAAGACCUGGUGUGUCGCGUGACAUAGUUGUUCAGGUUUUGACCAAAUGGUCUGGGAGCAUUUGUUUUGCCUUGUGCCGUCUCAUAGAGCGUUAGGAUAGUGUACGUCUGUGUUCUAGCUUUGUUUUGUCUGCUGCUUUGAUGUACAACUUGUGGCCAUGAGGCUGGACAUGGAGUGAACAUGUUGUACAUUGUCGCUGGCGGUAUGUUUCGGUAUGUUAUUUCAGUUGUUGAGAUCUGUU